UAUAGCGCAUAAGCCUUGAUGCUGUGACUGUGUACUGUCAUGACUGAUCAGCACAAACUGAAACAUUAAACUGAAACUUUAAUUGGUUUUACUUGAAUCCCAAACAUCCUCUACAGGCUCCUGUCUGCGGUGCCUGGUGGACGUUGUCCCAGUGAAGAACGAGGAAGGGGACGUCAUCAUGUUUAUCCUAAACUUUGAAGAUCUGGCAUUGCUUCUGGCAAGAAAGGCUAAUAAGACACUUCACCAGAGAUUGACAAGCGCUGCCUUCAAUGCGGCAGAGACGUCAAAAAUGAAGUCGGGUUUCCUGAAUUCAACCUCUGAAUCAGACCUCAUGAGAUACAGAACUAUCAGCCAGAUACCACAGUUUACUCUCAACUUUGUGGAGUUCAAUUUAGAAAAGCAUCGGUCUGCUUCCACCACAGAGAUUGAGAUUGUGGCCCCCAGCAAUGCCUUUGAGAGAACACAGAAUGUCACCGAGAAGGUGACCCAGGUCCUUUCCCUGGGGGCAGACGUGUUGCCAGAGUACAAGCUGCAGGCACCGCGGAUUCACCGAUGGACCAUCCUCCAUUACAGCCCUUUCAAAGCAGUGUGGGACUGGUUAAUCCUGCUGCUGGUCAUCUACACCGCCAUCUUUACCCCAUACUCUGCAGCCUUUCUGCUGAACGACCAAGAGGAGGAGAGAAGCUGGGAGUGUGGCUACUCUUGCAACCCUCUUGACAUUGUGGACCUGAUAGUGGACAUAAUGUUCAUUGUAGACAUUGUCAUCAACUUUCGCACCACCUAUGUCAACACAAAUGAUGAAGUAGUUAGCCACCCAGCCAAGAUCGCCAUCCAUUACUUCAAAGGCUGGUUCCUUAUAGAUAUGGUGGCGGCCAUUCCCUUUGAUCUACUUAUCUACAGGACGGGCUCAGAUGAGACUACAACACUGAUUGGUCUCUUAAAGACAGCACGAUUGCUGCGAUUGGUGCGUGUUGCCCGGAAGCUGGACCGAUAUUCUGAAUAUGGGGCGGCUGUGUUAUUCCUUCUCAUGUGCACCUUUGCCCUCAUAGCCCACUGGCUGGCAUGCAUCUGGUAUGCCAUUGGCAAUGUGGAACGUCCCUACAUGGAGCAUAAAAUUGGCUGGCUGGACAAUCUGGCCAACCAGAUUGGGAAGAGCUACAAUGACACUGAUAUGGCUUCUGGGCCCUCCAUCAAAGACAAGUAUGUUACAGCUCUCUACUUUACCUUCAGCAGUUUAACCAGUGUUGGAUUUGGAAAUGUCUCCCCAAAUACCAACUCAGAGAAGAUCUUCUCCAUUUGUGUCAUGCUGAUUGGAUCCCUCAUGUAUGCCAGCAUCUUUGGUAAUGUAUCUGCCAUAAUUCAGCGGCUUUACUCUGGCACUGCACGCUACCACACCCAGAUGUUGCGUGUUAAGGAAUUUAUCCGCUUCCACCAGAUCCCAAACCCACUGAGACAACGCCUUGAAGAGUAUUUCCAGCACGCCUGGUCCUACACCAAUGGCAUCGAUAUGAAUGCGGUGUUGAAAGGAUUUCCAGAGUGCCUCCAAGCAGAUAUAUGUCUGCAUCUCAAUCGCACACUCCUACAGAACUGCAAAGCUUUCCGAGGAGCUACCAAAGGAUGUUUGCGGGCACUGGCCAUGAAAUUCAAGACCACUCAUGCACCACCAGGGGACACUUUGGUGCACUAUGGAGAUGUAAUAACCACCUUAUACUUCAUCUCCCGUGGGUCAAUCGAGAUACUCAGAGAUGACAUUGUGGUGGCUAUUUUGGGGAAAAAUGACAUUUUUGGAGAGCCUAUCAGUCUGUAUGCUCGUCCUGGAAAGUCAAAUGCAGAUGUGAGAGCUCUGACUUACUGUGAUCUUCAUAAGAUCCAAAGAGAAGACUUGCUGGAGGUUCUUGACAUGUACCCAACCUUCACGGACUGUUUCUGGAGCAACCUGGAGAUUACCUUCAACCUGAGAGAUGCAGACAGUAUACCCCGUUCUCCUACAAGUGAAGAGUUUAACUGCAGUUAUCGCCGCACACGUAGGUGCAAACAACUAGGGCGCCGACGGAAGAAGCAGGAUGGCCUUGAUGAUGUGAAUUCUGAUGCUGAACAGUAUCACACAUAUUCCGAACUGACCAACCUUCAGCGACCACUGAGCCGGGAACAGUGGGAUGAGAUGGCGAGUAGCACAACUCCCUGCUCCCAUUCCAGUGAUGAUGAAACCAAACCAUUAAACUCAGGACGCAUAGACAUGUUGGCCCACGUGGAGAAGCAAGAGUUCAUCCCAGCUGUGGUGAAUUUAGUCACGGCUAACAUUAGCAGCCGAGAGGGGGGCAGGAAAGUGUUGGAGACUGUGGAAACUUAUUCAGCUUCUCCUAUUGAGGUACCUAACUUGUUCAGUUUCUGGGACGACCACCGCCAAGCUGCUUGUCCAGAAACCCACCAACACAUUUCAAUGGUGCAUAACUCCUUGGAUCCCCCACUCAGCCCCGAUGACCAGCCAGGAGAGGUGGAGUCGCGACUGGAGCUCCUCCAGGUUCAGUUAGACAGGCUGGAAUCUAGAAUGUCUUCAGAUAUCAAUAUAAUCCUGCAGUUGUUGCAGAGACAGCUUUCCCAGAUACCCCCUGCAUAUAGUCCCAUCUCUCCAAGCUCCCACACCCUCGGACUCUAUCACUCAGCAUCCAAGAGCCCAGAGCCUGUACAAAGCAACACAUCUCUCCCAACAGACUCCCCUGUUUCUCCGCUCCAGAGCCCCGGACUGACUGACUACAAUGAUUUAGAACCACUUCACUUUAAGCCCAUUGUUAUGCAUCUCAGCACUAGUUCCCAGGAACCUGUUGGCCUGAUCCCUGGACCUGGACAUCCUCCAUUCCACAUUGGCCUUCCACCAGAAAACCCUACCCAAGCAAUACUUGGGGGCUUCCGCUUUCUUUCUCUCCCAGAGCACCUGGAGUGCCCUUCUCCUCCGGACCUGGAAUUUCAGAGACACUUUUCAGAUCCAGUUCUCCCAGGAAGUUAGAGCCAUAAAGGUGGCUACUUAAGAAGUUUCCCUGUUUUCAAUGCAGGGCUGAGGAGGGGAGAAAGAUGUCUUAGCAUGAGUUUACCCUCCCAUUUAUGCAUAGGAUAGUUGUUUUGUGGGCCAUACUGGAAGAAGAGGCGAGAUAGGAUGGCACUUCCAGAAGUCAGAUUAGACCUUUCAAGAUGAUGACACCACAGUUCCUACAAAAAGGGUCUCUGUCCCUUUAAAACUGAUAUUUUAUACGAAUAAAUAAUAUGAGUUGGCAACUGGAGAUACUGUAAACUGAAUUGUCUGGUGCCCGGGAAAGAGAGCUGUGCUGCCUCUGUGUUUAUAAGAUACAAAGCUGAAGAAAUGAUUAGUUCUUCCAUCCUGGCACAUACUGUACACAGUGCAUGUAAUGUUAUUAUUUUCAUGGUUUGGGCAAUAUAAUAUGGAAGUAAUGAAAGCACAAAUGACUGCCUGAGGAUCACAACUGAUAAAACAUUAUCAGGGAUUCUAGCACAAAUAACAAACAAACUAAAGGUGCAUUGAAGUGAAGUAUUCCUCCAUUAAUGCCUCACAGGAUACAUUUCUUUGUAACGUAUGUAAUAUUCUCCUAGAAAAUACUUUUUAAAGUGACUUAACAUUAUGAUAUUGCAUCCUGUCCUGGAAUAUAUUACCGCACAUUAUUCAUAAUUUAAAUAUUUUACUAGAGCUGUAAAUACACACACACACAAAAGGUUGGUAUCUGCUAGUAUCUAAACCACCCGCAUGUUGAAUACCCAUGAUCGAAGCCUAAUUUAUUUUUAAACAAUGCUUGCUUUCAACAAGGCCGCAAAGUGAACCUUUAGGUAACAUAAGAUACCAAGAAUAAGCAGCUAACAAAAGUCAAGAGUCCAUGUUGCAUAUAAGCAAGUGGCUCUCUAUGCAUGCCUAGGCAAUUAAACAAAAGAAGAAUGCUUGGCACUCAAAAAUAGCAGAAACCAGUGGAAAAUACAAAAAUGUUUAUUCCAUCCAAUAAAAUCCAGUCAGGAGAACAGACUAUUAUGUGUUUCCAAUCAUACAGUCGCUUUAUUAGAGGUUUCUGGUAACUUUGAGUGCAAAGCUUUCUUCUAUGUUUUCCCUUUUCUUCAAGAAAAAACACAACAAGGUUAGCUAUGGACAGGUAGGGCAACCCACCAACUUACUACCCAUACAAUUAGAAGUUUUUGUUGUUUCUUCAGUCUGCUAGUAGGAUUUACUUUGCUGACUCAGGUGAAAGGAAUUUUAAAUACAAUAGUAACAACAAACAAUAGUGCGCAAAAAGCUGCCUAUACAGCCGUCAGUGGAAAAAGUGUCAUCCAUACUUCAAAAAUGACAAUAGAGUUUCAAGGAACACCAAAGAGUUUACAGGUGCUGUAGCUAUAACAAUAAGAAUUGUACUUUCCGUCCCUUAAGAAGAUUGGUUGUAUUGCUGUUUCAAAUGUGUUGAAUCUGUAAGCAUCCAUACAUCAUUUCCCACGUUCAGUUUCAUUCACCAGCGUAUACUGGAUCUGUUCCUCAAAGUAGAAGGGAAAACCUCCAAUAGUGUAACACUGUUUAUUGUGCAAAGCUUAAAAACAAGUUCAUACAAAAAAAAUUAC